AUGUUCGGAUACAAGUACCAUGUUUACGUUGCAUCGUUUGAAGAAGACAAGGAGUUUCUAAUGGAACAUCUGGCCCCAAAACUUCGCGAAAAAGGCUACAAACUCUUUCUGCAAAACGAUGAUAUCCUCCCUGGGCAAAACUUGUGCAAUGUGAUCGGAAACGCUCUUCACGUCAGUCAAACGUUGCUUUGCGUAGUCUCCAGAAAUAGCUGUCUUAGCACUGAGGAGUGGAAGGUCCUGAUUCACAUGGCACACGAAGAAAUGAACAAACGGGACAAACGCAUGUGCAUGGCCAUGGUUUUAAAUACAACUAAUUGGUCAGUGUCUUUGCCAAGGACAUUAAAGGAACUGUGUGUGUCGGAGAUAAUCGACUUUCCCGAAAAUGAAGAUGAACAACCGGCGUUCUGGAAUGAUUUGACGGUAAAGCUUGACGAGGUUGACAAUACACCUGUUUAUAUGUAG